AUGAAGCAUUUUUUGGAGAUGAUUGCUGUGUUGAUGGCCUUGUUGCCCUUGGGCGCCCUGGGUGAUCAGAGUCGAAGGCUCUCCACCCAUCGCGUGAGCUCACAGGCUUCGUCAUCUGCCACCAGCGAGUUACAGCAAAUUCUUCAGGAUGGAAAGAUGAGCAUUCCAUUAAGUCUGCAGGCUAUUCAGACGACCCUGGUAAAGAUGGGACAGGAGGCUAGCAACAGCAGUGCCGUGACAACUGCUGAUUUCGCAAAGAGCAUUGAGCCUUUGCUGUAUUCUAUGCAAAACACAAUUCGCAGUCAAAACAACUUGACUCAGCAGACCUUAGACAAUUCCUGGGCCACUUUCACCGCUUGCAGCUUUGACUUUGGAGGCCCGGCUGGCUUCGAAGAUUUGACAGCGCUCGAAAACUCUCACAAGACGUGCAGAGUCGAUGAGGGCAUUCAGAAAACGGGGCUGGACUCCUGCAGAAUCAUUCAGGGAAACAAGGAGUCUGCGCUUGUCGACGCCAAGAAAGACUUUCAUGGCGAUGAAGCCAGUGGCACCAAGGGGAAGAAUGUUCUUCCCGAAGCCAGUACUUGUGACUUUGAGCAAACAGGUGCAGCUUGGAGCUCCCCCAAGGAGUACUUAGAAUACUUUGAGAACCACUUUGGCACCUUGCUGAGCGACUGGCGAGCCUCCCGUGAUGCUGUAGUCAAGGCGCAAAAUGAGACCAAUACUCAGACAGCCCUUUGUGACUCCAAAGAGGUGAAGUGGAACGGUCAGAAGACAGACUGUGCUCAGUUUCAAAAAGCGCUGGAAACCGCAGCAUGUGACAUCUUGACCCACAACACUGCCUGCAGGAGUUACACGGGUUGCUACAACAGAGAGUGGCAUUCUUAUGGGGAGACCGAGAAGCUGACGAAGACACAGGAGGCCGAGCAAAAGGCCGAAAUGGAGGGGACGCUGAAGAUCCUCUGCAUGAUCCGUGUCUUUGGACAGCCGGACUUGACUGCAAGGAUCAACCGCUGUCUGAAGGCUGACUAUGCAUCUAGUACGGAUGUGACAAACCUGCAUAUUACGUACUACCCGAGCUCCAAAACUCCAAUGCCAACUGAUCAAAGAGGUACCUGUGCAGCGGCCAGCAAAGCCUCAAUGAUUCCUGGCACGAAGGCCUUUGAGAACACGCACUAUGGUGGUCUGCCAACGAAUGCAGGCUUUUCAGACUGUUCUGCCUCGUGCUGUGGAUAUUCGGAGCCGACUUGCCAGAAGUACGGCUGCAGCACCAAGUACGUAAAGACCCAGCUCUGCCAGUGCAAUGCAGAAUGUGAGGUGCACGGAGACUGCUGCUGGGACUACUACGAUAAAUGCAAUGUUGUUUCGAAGGAGUACAACAUCGUGCUCAACGAGGUCGCCUUUAGCGGUGUGGCUGGCACCUGUGAAGGUGCGGACUGGGUGGAGCUCUACAAUGCUGGGCAUGUGAUGAAGGACAUCAAGGGAUGGACAUUGUCAGUGGAGAAACCGGAUCCUCAAAAUCCAGGUUCAACCGUUCAGUACGAUGUUGCCUUCGACACUAGUCAAACAAUCGAGCCUGCUCGUUCACUAGUGGUUUGUGCGAAGCCGGGAGGUCUGUCUGAUGCCACACUCCCGAAUAUUGAAGUUGAGUUCGAGAAGGGCAACAAGAUUACCUGGAGUGACAAGGACGGCAGCGUUAUAUCCGCAACUACGAUCUCGGACACCGCAGCAGGCGACAAGACUUGGUCUCGUCUGGCGGACGGUGAAUAUGCAGCGAAAGAUCCAACUCCCGGGUCCAAGAACAAAUAA